UUUACAGUUCCAUGGAAACGACGGACAGCGUUCUCAAAUAUAUACCUCAGACUAAUAUAGCCGAGUAGCUAUCUAUCUAGAUUUAUAGGCUUCAUAUAGAAAAAAAACAUCAACAGUAUUAUUUUAAGAGUAUUACAACGUAUUUAGCAACGUAGCUAGUUGCAUGCUUCGCAUAAUCAUGAGUCGCACUCCCGAUGCCAGAGCAAGGGACACACAGACCAAGCAGAUCCAGGAGGGCAUCUCCCAUGUGGAGAAACACUUUGGAGAGUUGUGUCAGCUCUUUGCAGCAUAUGUGCGCAAAACUGCACGACUGAGAGACAAAUCCGACUUGUUGGUCAGGGAGAUUAGCCUUUAUGCAGACACAGAGACCCCAAACCUUAAAAAUGGGUUGAAGAAUUUUGCAGACCAGCUUGCCAAGAUUCAGGACUACCGCCAAGCAGAGGUGGAAAGACUUGAAGCAAAAGUUGUUGAGCCAUUGAAAGUCUAUGGUAAUAUUGUGAAAACGAAAAGGGAGGACCUGAAGCUGACACAGAGUGCCAGGAACAGAGAGGCCAAACAGAUGCAGCAGCUGGAGAGAAUGAGACAGAGGAACCCCUCGGACAGGCAGAUCAUUUCACAGGCCGAGAGUGAACUCCAGAGAGCCACAAUGGAUGCGACACGCACAACACGCCAACUGGAGGAGACAAUAGACAUGUUUGAAAAGCAGAAAAUUCAAGAUAUCAAGAGAAUUUUGGGCGGGUUUGUGACUGUGGAGAUGACAUUCCAUGCCAAAGCUUUAGAGGUGUACACGACUGCCUACCAGCACAUCCAGAGCGUAGAUGAGGAGGGAGAUCUGGAGGUAUUCAGGAGCACGCUUCAUCCCCCUGACUAUCAGUCACGCUUAGAGAUAGUACGUGCCAAUUCCAAAACAUCUCUGAAUCGAACUGGGACAUCUAUGAGUAAGUCAGGGACUUUGCAGCCAAGGACUCCAAAGGAAGAAAGGAAUAGAACUGAGGAUAUAGAUGAUGAUGAUGAUGAUGAUGAUGAAGAGGAUGAAGAUGAUGAUGAUGAGGAUUAUUUGGAGGAAGUUACAGAUGAUGAGAAUUAAUCAGAACAUCCAGCAUAACUUUGCAUUUGGUGCCAUAGUAUUCUUACACAUUCUUUCUGCUGCUGUGAUCAAUCCCUAAAUGAUACUGUCAUCUUAUAUGGGGCUUAUUUUAUUUUAAUUACAUCUGUAAGGUUAUACAAUCCAGUAAUUAUUAAUGGUAGUUGUGAAGCUUAGGGGGUUUGUAAAUGUUUUUAUAUAAAUGAUGUAUACUAAAAUUAGCUUACCUUUAGACUAUUCUUAUGAAAGGGACCACACGUAUUUAAAUAUCUGCCUGAUUUUUUUUUUUAUUAUUCUCACCUUUGUUUUGCUAACAUGAUUCAUUUUUGUGCAUGCAGUGUUAAAUAUUGCUAAAAACAUGGUGAUCUUAUUGCCUUAUACAGUGUCAACUGACCAAAUAAACACUUUUUUCUUAU